AAGGAGCUCUUCAUAAUCCAUACCCACCCAUUCCUAAGUUUAGUUUCAUGGAAGGAGCUCUUCAAAAUCCAUACCCCACCCAUUCCUAAGUUUCCUGGAAGGAGCUCUUCGGAAUCCUUAUUGUGAAUUUUACGUUACUAAAUGGACAUUUGACUAGUUUGAUUUUUGCAACUUCAAGCUAGCCGUGGACAUGGAUAUCUCAGCCCCUUGUUCCACUUCCCUUGAAGUCAUCCAUUUUGGGGAUAUCCCGAGCAACUUAAUGCGGCCAGUUCUUUAUCCCAAUCCUCCUCCAUGUGAGCAAUCGAUUAAUGAUACUGAGAAGAAAGGUUUCAUGGUGAGUGUGAUGUCUCGUUUGAUAGCUUUAUUGAACUGGACGCAUGUGUCCCGGAUGAAUGAGCGUUCGCUUUUCAGUGACAGCUGGUAUUCUUGUUGGACUGAGUCUCCUGUAGCACGAAAAUCAUAUCUAGAUGAUAUGAGAAGCCCGGUGAGGCGAUCCAAAACCGGAAACAAGAUUCCCAACACUCAGGGUAAGGUUGAAUUAUGUGUCAGCUCAAGUCUUUCAAGGCGAAUAACUUUGGACACCAUACCAGUUAUGGUUCAUUCCCAUGAAGAGCUUGAUCCAUCACCGGAUUUCAGAAUGAAUAUGGCCAAACCCGACAACAGUUGUCAUCAUACAAUGAGAUUGGAUGAAGGUGGGAGUAGUAUACCACUUCAGCACCCGGGUGGUACUUUGCCUGGCGGGGUGAACGUUGGCUCUUCUCUCACGCGAAGUGAUUGUAAUGGCACCAGUCCGGUAAUGAAUCGUAUCGAGGAAGAGCUGGCUGGGAGAUCAUCAGACGAUGGCAGUACAUCACUUCAGCAGUACGCGGGAAGUAGUGUUUGUCAAUCAGCUGAUGGGGAUAUAGAAUUGGGGGGGCCUUCUCCGAUCAGAAGUGUAUCUUCUCAAAAUACAGAGUCAAGUGAUUCCACAAUGAAGGUGGCGAGGGAAGUCCUUGCAUUGACUGGUCAAGCUGCUGCUUCUUUCAUGGUAUAUAAUCUAAGUGGUCAAGAUGCUAAACCUAAGUGGCCUUUCCAGUUUGUUGUAGCUGCAAAUGGGAUUGGGUUCAUUAGCACUCUGAGUGCUACUUUUCUUCACUCAAAGAACAAAAAGGCUGCCAAUAUACUGGGGAAAGUUGGGGCUAUUGCUGCAGCAGGUGGGAUUGUUGUGGCAACCGGAAUGUCGUUCCUUCCCCAGAACAUGAUGUGGGUAGCCGGCCCUCCAGUUCUCCUCCUCGCCAUUGCCAUAGCUUUGGCGUAACCCUAUCUAUGUAAGAUUUGAUUCGUAGUUCUUGUGGAUCAUUGUUACCCGAAAUAACUUGUAUGGUCUUCGUGUUGGGAAACGUGCUAGUUUUAAAAACUUUUCGAGGGAUUUAAAUUCAUAGAUCUUGAUUCAUCACAUAGAGACAAGUUUUAUGCAAAAAAUAAAA